AUGAUCACGGUCGUGGAGAGAAAGAACAACAAGACGUGGAGGAUCAACAAGGAGCCAAAACACCGACAUGGCGAGGCGAAACGACCCCCCCCCUCUCCACUGCAACUGCAAAUUGACGCGGCGAAGAAGUUUACUGAUAAGUGGAGAUUGUCUGCCAACGUUCAGAAGAGUGCCGUCAUGGUAUGCAACGAGAACAAGGAGGAACCAGUAGAACAUAGAUGGAAGUGGGGGAUCGAGGAGAUUGCAGUAGUGGACCAGUACACAUACCUUGGAGUAGAGAUCGCAAAAGACUGCUCGUGGAAUGCACACAUGUCCAAGGUAGCGGAAAAGGGCAAAUCACGAGCAGGGAAGCUGCAUCCAAUACUCGCAAACCGGCACCUCGAUACACGCAUCAAAUUGACGGUUUUGAAGAGCGUAAUCGUACCGCCGCUAGAGUACGCCGGAGAAGUAUGGGAAGGAAAUAAGAAGGUAGUGAAAGAAGUCGAGGCGGCGCAGAUGAAAGCAGCGAAAACCAUCCUAGGAUGCUCCAGGCGCACAAGUAAUGCAGCCGUGAGGGCAGAAUUGGGGAUCCAAUCCCUACGGUCGGGAAGAGACGCGAGGAAGCUGACCUGGCAGUAUCGCAUGUGCGGGAUGGGAGAGGAGAGGUUGCCGAGGAUUGUAUGGGAGGCGAAGUGGGCAAACAAAAAGAGGGGUAGACAACCCACGGAAUGGGUCAAGGUUGUAGAGGACGUAUGGAAGGGGCUCGACAUCGACGAAUACAUGUNGCGGGAUGGGAGAGGAGAGAGGGGUAGACAACCCACGGAAUGGGUCAAGGUUGUAGAGGACGUAUGGAAGGGGCUCGACAUCGACGAAGAUGAAACGCUGGAAACGGAGGGUCUACAGGGGUUCAAGGAGAAGAUAUCUGUUGCUUGUGCCGAGAGAGAAGAACAGAAUCUGAGGAAAGAAUCCAAGGAUAAGGAGGGUCUAGAAGUGUACGGAAUGUUGAAGGAAGGAAUAGGGUUCAAGGACUACCUACAUGGACCAAUGGAUGCAGGAACAAAGCUUAAGGUCAAAUUCAGGACCGGGGACAUAGGCCUUCGAGAACGUCGACGAAGACAUAGGACGGUAGACGACGAAGACGACGAGUUCAAAUGUGAUUGCGGCUUCGAAUGCGAAGACCGUGUUCAUGUAGUCGCGGGAUAUCCGUUGUACAAGAACGAGGGGGAAGUGUACGUGACUGAGCUGGGAAAAAUAGAUGGAACGUACAGGGAGAUGUUUGAGGCAUGGAAUAGAG